AUGGCCAUCAACUCGCAGCGCUUACGCCAGAUGAUACUCGGCACCGGCCACCACCAGCCUUCCCCUGCUCCAACUUGGCUUCACUUCAACCAGGUGGGUACCUCCACCGCCAUUGCGAUGCCUACGAGUUAUGCAGCCAUGGUGCCUAGCCAACAUGGAUACCAUUCGUCAUAUAUGCCGUCGGUGGGAGGGCGGGACCAAUACACUGAGUUCCUGGCGCUGGCUGCGGUUGACCUUGCGAAGAGGCGCGCCACGCUCCAGGGUACGUCGCGUUCACAAGAAAUGGCUGCCGGUUAUAAGAGGAAGCGUGACGAGCAGUUGGUGCCGGCGCUUGGUGCGUCCCAGGGGCAGCUGCAGACCAUUGUCGUCGUCGACGACCUCCUACUCAACCAUGCAUCCAAGAUAUGGGAGCUUCUGGCGAAGCAAAGGCAGAUGCACAUGAGGCUGAUCACCUAUGCCGUGGAGGAUAGGGCGGCCAAGCAGCUCAAGGCAAAGGACGAGGAGAUGAAGUCUAUCUGGGUUAGGAACAUGGCGCUCCAGGACCAGGUCAGGAUCCUCCAGAGGGAGGCCCAGGAGUGGCGCAACAUCGCCAGGUCAAAGGAGGCGGCCGCCAACGCGCUCCGCGGCGACCUGCAGCGCACGCUAGCGCAGGCAGUCCAUGGUCGUGAAGUUAACGAAGCCAGUUCAUGUUGUUGGGGGGAUAACCAGGUAGCCUUCGGCAGGAACAACGAGUACGAGGUGUCAAAGCCGGAGGCGGCGACGAGCGCCGGGAGGUGCAAGGGGUGCGGCCAGGGCGAGGCCAUGGACAUAUUGCUGCCGUGCAGGCACCUCUGCGUGUGCGCGUCGUGCGCGGCCACGACAAGGGUGUGCCCGGCAUGCGGAUGCACCAAGACCGGCAGCAUCUGCGUCAACUUAUUCUGA